AUGCCCCAGUGGCUCACGCAGUCUGGCGAGCGGAACGAGACCGUCUACUACUCGCAGGGAAUGGGUCUCUGGCUCAAUUACACGGAACACGUGGGCGACGCGAACUUUGAGCCUGGAAAUUCGCUGUGGGUCCCACCUCAAGAGAGCGGAGCAGAUACCUAUAGCUGGCAAUGCGCUGCGCAACAGACGUUCUGUGCAGAGGCAGUGGGGGAGUUGCACAAACAAUAUUGCCAGGUGAUGGAGGCCUAUUGUGGCAUAGCUAUGACUCUGUUGCAGCUUUUGCUGUCGAUGAUGGCGGGCGUGGGUGUGGUCGUGGUGAUCUGGUCGAUCCAUCUGAUCACCACGACGCACUGCACGAUUGCAGACUCGUAUCUCGUUCACUUGUGCGUGUCCAAUGGUGUCGGUAGUUUGGCAGCGGUGAUUGUCUGGUACUUGUUCGUCUUUCGGUUCAUCAUCAACUCGACGUUCUACCAGGACCAGUACAAUCGCUGCUCGCAGAACGACGCCGGGCGAAACUGUUGGCAGAUUGGAAUCUGUGUCUACUUCGUGAUCGCUGGAGGUGUGUUGUAUCCGGUGCUUGCAGUGCUCGUGCUUUUGCACGUGUCCAACAAGUCCAGGCAGUUUCAAAAGCUACUGAGCCAAAUGUACGAGACAACAGUGGUAGUGGAAACAGCACCGCCCGUUGUGGAUAUGAAGUCACACGUGCUCAACGAGGAGGCAAAGACGGUAGGGGUGGUUCUGGAGGCAAGAAAGUUUGCCAACGCGACGAGAUUGGCACCAUUGAAGCAGCCUUCUUCAUCUGCAGUUUCCUCACUGGGUGCUUUUGAGGAAGACAGCAGAGACCGAGCGAAGAGAGGCGAUGUAUCGAGCACCAAGUAG